CUCAACCGCUUAGCGGGCGCCCGGCAGCUAUGAGCCUACACUAUCAAUUCAGAGGCACAAUACACAAGAGUAACGCAAAGCAGGGCGCAGGUCAAAUAAUGACGUUCCGCUACCAAGCAUCACGUUCCGACGAUGGAUCAUCCAGCAAUACUUAAGUGACGGCGUCCAACCCCCAGUUCAUCCCGAACUGCUUCACCACAAUCGCCUGUUUCCUCUAUUAUACCCCCAACGCUCGAUACGCACCCAGAUAUUCCGUCCCCAAUGCUUCGCACCUCCGUUCUCAGCCUGUUGGCUUCCGUAGCCGUUGCCACGGCCGCUACCGCCAACGUCCCGACAGAAGAGGUCCCUCUCCUCGGCCCAUCAUUCCUCUCCAACUUUGAUCCCACAGAUUCCGAGCAUAUCCGGAAUGCUACAGAGUCCUUCCCCAGGGUGAUCGAAGCCCUCUUCGAGAGCGGCCAGCUCAGCAAGACUGACCUCGUCUUCGCCGUUGACGUCUUUACUGCCGCAACGAACAAGUCCCUAUAUAGCCACUACCACGUUGGCGAGGAUGGAAAAGCCGGGCUGACGUCAGGCGAGCUCAACGAUGGCACCAUCGGGCGCAUUGGCAGUGUGAGCAAGCUCUUCACGACCUACGCGAUCCUUGUUAAGGCUGGCGUUCAAGUCCUGGACCACCCUGUGACGAAGUACAUCCCGGAGCUUCUGGGCAACUCAUCUGACAAUUCCUUUGGCCGUAUCCGCUGGGACGACAUCACCGUCGGAGCGCUGGCAUCUCACCAAGCCGGAUCUGGUGGAGUAGAUGGACUUGCCAGACCAGACAUGACCUUGGAAGAGAUUCAGGCCGUGUCCCCUCAUGAUCUCUUUAACUACUUGAGCCGAAAGCGGCCUGUCAUCUCUCCAUACCGCAACGCCGUCUACUCCGAUGGAGGAUUCUCCCUUCUCGGACAGGUGCUUGCACGUCUCACAGGACAGACCUACGCAGACGCCCUCCGGUCCAUCAUCCUUGAGCCCCUCGGUCUGAACGGAACGACCGCGGCCGCGCCCAAUAACACGGAUACGAACGCGAUCAACCGCGCACUUUACACGGAAUUUACUGCCUUUGGCAUAGACUUCCCCGUCACCGCGUCCUCGGGCGGCAUCUACUCGAACGCGGCCGACCUCCGCGCAUUUGGGCUGUCUAUCCUGGACUCGGAACUCCUCUCCAGCACCAACACCUCGCGGUGGAUGAAGCCUCUUAGCGGUACGGGGUCUUUGGUGGAACUGGUCGGCGCGCCCUGGGAGAUCGCCCGCCUCGCGAUCCCGACUUCGGCCGGCUCGAACCGUACUCGCAUCUCUGACCUGUACACCAAGGCGGGCGGCAACUACGACUAUACGUGCAUCUUCGCCCUCUCCCCGGACCACGGCAUCGGGUACUCCAUCCUGGUGGCCGGGAGCACAGCCACCCCCGCCCGCUGGCCGAUCCGCGACGCGGUCGGCGAGCUCUUCAUCCCCGCCGCCGAGGCCGCCGCCGCCGACAACGCCAGGCUGAACCUGGCCGGCACAUUCGUCGCGGCGUCCGCGGGGAGCAACGUGACCCUGAGCGUCGACGCGGACGGCGCGGGCCUGGUCGUCGAGUCGGCCUUUAUCAACGGCGAGGACGGGACCGCUGGGGCGUCGGCGCGGCUGUUCCCCACCGGCUUGUACUCUAACUCCCGGUCCCUUUCAGCGCUGUACGGCAACAGGGGAACGUUAAGCACGGCCUUCCGCCUGGUGACCUACCCCGCGAAGCUGAACCCGCGGUCCCGCUCCGAGGGCGGCGCCGGGGGCUUGUUUGAUAACUCGCAGGUGUGGAUGGGCCUCGACGCCCAGGAGGCGGUUGACGAGUACAUCUUCACCAUCGAGGACGGGAGGCUGGUCAAUAUCACGAGCUCCUAUACGCAGAUGACGUUUAUGAGAUCUGAUUGAGUGACGGGCAGGAUGUUAUGUCUAGCUACUUGGGGCGGAAAUGUUCAUAGAAGAAAAUCUUUGCACACGUAUCUUGGUGCAGAUAUAGGUACGCUGCUCAUAAGUCAUCUAGCCCCCUUCAUCCUUGUUGUUUAUCACAGGUAGUCGACCAUACCUCAUGUCACAUAACAAAACAAUACCAUUAGUUACGUGAGC